CAAUGCACAUCUCACUUAUCGCAAUUUUCGUGUAUUUUUCAUUGGCUACGACCGGUGCUCUACCUUUCCUUCCACCACAAGAGAGUGAAAUUUCAUUGCAAGAUGAAAGCCAGAAUAUGAUUUCAGGAACGACAUUCCGUCAAGUGGGCCUUUUUGGUGUAAUUCCAGUGAUAGUGAAACUAGCACUUCGAAUUUUAUUUUUGCCACUAGUUUAUUCCCUUAUAAAUGUAAUACGUUUUCCUUUUACAAUUUUUCAAUUUUUUAUUUCAUUUCCCUUUAAAUUAAUUAGUUUUAUUUUGACAUUCCCGUGGAGUUUAGGAAGUUUAGUUUUGAGUAUUGUUUAUUUACCAAUAACUACAAUACAAACUAUUGCGAUGAUAAUUAGUCCAGUGACGAGUAUUGUUAGAUUUGUCGCAAAAGUUGUCUCUUUCCUAUCUGGAAUGCCAAUAAUAAUGUCUAAUACUGUGUAUAUGUAUGAAUAAUUAUUGAUACUUGCAAUAAAAUAAAAGCCAACAAUUAAAAA